AGACACACAGAUAUUCCGACAUGAUGUAAUUCAGAGUUUCAGACACAACAGAACACUUUUUUCCCUGGUUCGGUCUUAAUUUCAAAAAUUGAGAAAGGCAAUGGCGUCUUUUGUUGAAGCCUGUAGGUACAAUAAACCAGUACCACCACUUUCAUCGACUUCUCUCUGUAUCUGCCCGUGUCGUAUAUCCACAAGAAAAACCCUAACUCUCCCCUCUUUCUCCAAUUACUCAAGCUUACGUCUCGUCCGUGACGCCAAAACCAAACCUUUGCUUCAUUCCCGCCUUGGUCGGCUUCCUGUUAAACGGCGUUUCCUCACGGCCGUUACUCGAGCUGAAUCAAACCAUCUUGGUGAUGACAAUUCAAAGAAUGUGGAAGAAGAAGAAGAAGAUAAGGAGAAGAAAGCAAGCCAGCUUAAGAAAAGAAUCAUCUUUGGUGUUGCAAUUGGAUUACCUGUUGGAGGUGUUGUCUUAGCUGGAGGAUGGGUUUUCACCUUAGCCUUAUCAGCUUCUGUUUUCAUCGGUUCUCGUGAAUAUUUCGAGCUCGUUAGAAGUCGAGGCAUUGCUAAAGGAAUGACUCCUCCUCCUAGAUAUGUUUCUCGUUUUUGCUCUGUUAUAUGUGCUCUUAUGCCCUUACUUACAUUGUACUUUGGUAACAUUGAUAUAUGGGUGACAUGCGCAGCUUUUGUUGUUGCAAUGGCGUUGUUAGUACAGAGAGGAAACCCACGUUUUUCUCAGCUUAGUAGUACAAUGUUUGGUUUGUUUUACUGUGGGUAUCUCCCUUGUUUUUGGGUUAAGCUUCGUUGUGGUUUAGCUGCUCCUGCCCUCAACACUGGUAUUGCAAGGACUUGGCCAGUUUUUCUUGGUGGUCUACCUCAGUGGACUGUUGGACUUGUGGCAACGUUGAUCUCUUUCAGUGGUGUGAUUGCCACAGACACAUUUGCUUUUCUUGGUGGCAAGGCUUUUGGUAAGACACCUCUUACUAGUAUUAGUCCCAAGAAGACAUGGGAAGGGACUUUUACAGGACUUGUUGGUUGUAUAGUCAUUACCAUUCUACUCUCUAAGUCUCUCUCUUGGCCUCAAUCUCUCUUCAGCUCCAUUGCUUUUGGGUUUAUUAACUUCUUUGGGUCAGUCUUUGGUGAUCUUACUGAAUCAAUGAUCAAGCGUGAUGCUGGCGUCAAAGACUCUGGUUCACUUAUUCCUGGACAUGGUGGAAUAUUGGAUAGGGUUGAUAGUUACAUUUUCACUGGCGCAUUAGCUUACUCAUUCAUCAAGACUUCCCUUAAACUUUACGGAGUUUGAUGAUGAUCUACUUUAUCUUCAAGAAAGCUUACAAGCGGUUCCACGGUAACCCAGCAACAUAGCUGUGAACAGUGUUGUUUCCAUCUGAGAGAUGCAGAAGAUUUGUAGGAGGUGAAAAGCAGAGCAUAUGUGACUAUCUGGUUAGUACCGGUCUGUCGCUUUCUUGGUUCUGUGCAACUACCGGUUUGGAUUUGGUUAAUGUUUGACACUUGAAUUUCCAAAGAAGGGCAGGCUUUAAUUAGUAUUUAAUUUUGUAUUCAUAGGAAUUUGGUACUCCAUAUAUAAAUGUGAUAAAAUUCUGAAGAACUCUUUUUAUUUUUAAUGAAUAAGUAUAUGAUAGUUUGACCUUA